AUGACAGAUAGGGGCAAUAUCCUAGAUGAACUAACCAACCAGCAACUUGUUGAUAGGUAUCGCUUCAACAGGGCAGGCCUCAAUUACCUUGAAACUGUGUUUGGACCAGUACUGGAGCCAGCUACAAUGAGACAUAAGAGUUUGUCGGCUAUGGACAAACUCCUUAUUACGCUAAGGUACUUAGCAACAGGGGGAAUUCAGCUAAACGAUGCUGACAUGCACAAUGUCUCACAACCAGCAGUAUCAAAAAAAUUGACUGAAGCGCCAAAUCAUCUGUCAUCUGCUGAUGUUUUGGGAAGGUUUGUGCGUUUCCCACUAACAGUGAGGGAGCUUGAUGCACAGGUUCAACAGUUUUAUGGACUGGCACAGUUUCCAAAGGUGGUGGGUGUCAUAGAUGGUACCCACAUACGUAUUCAGGCCCCUUCGGAGGAUGAGCCGUCUUUUGUCAAUAGGAAGGGUUUCCAUUCAAUUAACGUACAAGUUGUGUUUGAUGGUUUUGACAGAAUAACAAAUGUGGUUGCCCGAUGGCCAGGGUCUGCACAUGACAGCAGAAUUCUUCAGCAGAGUGGCCUUAGGAACCUAUUUGAUGAAGGUCACAUACCUAAUGGUCAAUACCAUCUUCUUGGGGACAGCGGAUAUGCUGGGCGAAGGUGGCUACUUACCCCAUACCUCAAUCCCCAGCCUGGUAGCCAAAGAGCAUACAAUAGAUCCCAUAAAAUUACUAGAGCCAAGGUGGAGAGAGGCAUAGGCCAACUUAAAAGACGAUUCGGUAUUCUUCAUGGUGAAAUUAGGGUGCAGCCAGAAAAAGCUUGCAGAAUUGUUCUGACCUGCGCUGUUUUGCACAAUAUCUGUAAAGUGCGGAACAUACCAAUGCCAGACGUGAUUGAUGACGGCGGCAAUGCUAACAACAUGGACAACAACAUUGCUCCUCAACAUGGUAUGCAGUACAGAGAUUACUUCGCCAACACCUACUUUUAAGCAGUACAUAUUGUGCCAUGGCCUGAAAUCAUUGGAUGAUGUGCUGAUGAAAAGUUUACAACUUCAUUUUAUGAAUAGACAUUAUUUACACAGUUUGCAGUAAAAAAUUUGGCAUGAAUGUGUUACUUACAUGUUGUAUGUCUUACUGGUCACAUUAAGGUCUGUCACCAUCUGAACUGGGCUGAAAGAAAAAAAAAUCAUUACAUUAAAAAUGAAUAGCUUGAGAAAAAUGACUAAUAAUAUAUUGAUGUAUGAAGAACAUAACAGUUGCAAGUUUUUACCACUACUGUAAUAUAAUUGUACUUCAUUGUAUAAUAUAAGUUGCAGAGAUUAUAAGGUGACCCAUUAUGUGAUAUACAGGGGAAAGGAAACCAUAUCUGGUGAGAGCAAACCCUGAAAUGGUACUACAUGUAUAUAUAUUUGCUGACCCAAUAUUGAAAAAUAUGACCAGCCCUGGACCAAUAUAUACACACACACAAGUGAUUUUCAGCAUUAACAUGCACUCUCAAAAAUUGACCGUUUUGGCAACUCCUUAUAAUAGUAAUAAUAAAUGAUACAGUCCUGAAAAGUUACCUGUAAUUUGUAACCAAGUCUUCACUGGCACUAAGACUUGCAUUGGAACUGGCACUUAUUCCCCAUGUUGAUGCACUGUAAUGGUUUUAGGAGAUAUAAAUACUUGGUACAAUUAAUAAAAUACAGAUAUCAUUUACAAUUAAAGUAGUUGGAAAAAACAACACACAUUUUGAAUUUGCAUUCUCAGCUUUUCACAUAACCCUGUUGUUGUUGUUGUUCUUGUGGCCUCUUCCUUUGUUCACUUGAACUAGAUACAUAUUUUCUAUUUAUUAUAUAUAGUGAUAGCUUUCAUCACAAUCUAAACAGAAAUGUAUCAGUAUGAGAUAACUGGUAAUAUGUAUAACCAGUUUACAUAUUAACUUAACGGUCAUUAUAUUUGCGAAUUGAUAUUGUUUCUUA